UGGAAAAACCAGCUGUCACACAACGUGGCAGUGGUUGCAAAAUAGUGCAUUUGAAUGGACGGUCUCAUUGAGAAGUGUUCAAACUUUCAUCUUAAAGGUGUUCAGAAAGAGGACUGAGAUAAAUACUGUAUGUACAGACAUCCAUUAAACAAUGAACAAGCUGAGAAGAAGAAGUACUAUCAACUUAGUCAAAGAACUUGAUGCCUUUCCUAAAGUUCCAGAGAGCUAUGUUGAAAAAUCAGCAUUUGGAGGCACAGUGUCACUGAUUGUAUUCAUCCUCAUGGCACUUCUGACCAUCUCCGAGUUUUUUGUAUACCAGGACUCAUGGAUGAAAUAUGAAUAUGAAGUAGACACCGAUUUUACUAGUAAAUUGAAAAUAAAAAUUGACAUCACGAUUGCAAUGAAAUGUUCAAGAGUGGGUGCAGAUGUGUUGGAUAUUGCUGGGGCUGUCGUUGCAUCAAAGGAACUUAAAUAUGAUGAUGUAAGCUUUGAGCCCUCUCCAAAGAAAAAAAUGUGGUAUCAGAUAUUACAUCAGAUUCAAAACAGACUGAGGGAAGAUCAUUCACUUCAAGAUGUACUCUUUAAAUCAGCGCUGAAAGGAUACUUUUCUGACCCAGUUCCACAAAAUGAUACCACAUCCAAUUCCCAGAAUGCAUGUAGGAUACAUGGAAAAAUCUAUGUCAGUAAAGUGGCAGGAAAUUUCCAUAUCAUAUUGGGCAAACCAAUUGAUACUAUCAGAGGCCAUGCCCAUUUUGCUUCAUUAAUCAAAAAUGAAGCUGCUCUUAACUUCUCACAUCGAAUAGAUAAUUUAUCUUUUGGAAACGAUGUUCCUGGACACAUAAAUCCCCUUGAUGGCACGGAAAAAAUUACAUUAGAACAAAAUAUGCUGUUUCAGUAUUUUAUUACAGUUGUUCCCACCAAGCUGCACACAUCAGAUGUUUCAUUAAACAUGCACCAGUUUUCUGUUACAGAACAGGAGCGUGUUGUAAGCAAUGAGAAGGGCAGUCAUGGUAUAUCUGGGAUCUUUAUUAAAUAUAAACUGAGUCCAUUAAUGGUGAGGGUGACAGAGGAGCAUAUGCCUUUCUCUGUUUUCCUUGUGAGACUGUGUGGCAUAAUUGGAGGAAUCUUUUCUACAUCAGGUCUGCUCCACAGAUUAAUUGGUUAUUUUAUUGACAUUGUCUGCUGUAACUUUAGACACGUUGCAGAUCAGUCCCAGGAGGUUGUCCCUGAUUAGGAGCCCUGGAACAUUUGCUUGUAUUUAUUUUAAAGAGACAUUUAUCUACAGCAUUGAGAAGCAUAAACAGGUCCUGGACAGUAGCUUAGAAACCAACACAGAUUAUUUUGUUUGCAACUGCAAUUUACACAUCUUAUAGGUUUUUUAUUGACAUAAAAUCAAAUUGUGUACUGUUUUGAGUCACCUUGUAGCUGUUUAGUUUGCUUCAUUGUUUAUAACUCUUUACGUAAGAUUUUUAUAUUAUUAUUUUUUUUCAAGAAGAAAAAUAUUUCCAGAACUUCCGUUUUUUGCGGUCCUGUUAAUUUUAACACUGCAUUAGUUUUGAGCUUCUGAUGUUUAGUUUUUAUGCUUUAAAUGUUUAGUUACGUUUUAUUUUAGUUUUUUUUUUUUCACAUUUAUUUUUUAUUUGACUUUUAGUAAGGCUUUGUUAGCAAGAUGUUAAUAACAUAUUGUUACAGAUUUAGUUUAUUUUGUUCUUUACUUUACAGUUGUGGUCGUUUUUCCUUUUUGAGCAUCAGUGACCAUUUGAAUCUUUUGUAAUAGUUGUGUAUGAGUCCCUCAAUUGUCCUCAGUUUGAAAAGAUCCUAAGGACCUAGGAACAGCUACUGUAUCACAAAAUAAAAAAAAAAAUUAAAUAAAUAUGUAGAUCAUCCAGGUAGCAGUAUUUAGAAUCAAUCAUAUCUAAAUUUUUGA